AUGACCAGCUUGUUCCGCCGGAGCAGCAGCGGCGGCGGGGGCGGAGGUGUUCUUCCUGUGCGCGGCGGCGGCGGGGGCACCGCCACCGCGCAGGAGCUCAACAACAGCCGGCCGGCCCGCCAGGUGCGCCGGCUCGAGUUCAACCAGGCCAUGGACGACUUCAAGACCAUGUUCCCCAACAUGGACUACGACAUCAUCGAGUGUGUGCUGCGCGCCAACAGCGGCGCCGUGGAUGCCACCAUCGACCAGCUGCUGCAGAUGAACCUAGAUGGAGGUGGAGGCAGCGUCUACGAGGACAGCUCCGACUCUGAGGACAGCAUCCCGCCGGAGGUCUUAGAAAGGACUUUAGAACCUGAUAGCUCUGAUGAAGAGCCCCCGCCGGUGUACUCCCCCCCAGCCUACCAUAUGCACGUGUUCGACAGGCCUUACCCUCUGGCGCCCCCUACUCCACCUCCAAGGAUCGAUGUGCUAGGUUCCAGCCCCCCUUCAAGUCAGAGGCGCUAUAGGAACUGGAACCCACCACUGCUGGGCAACCUCCCAGAUGACUUUCUCCGUAUCCUGCCCCAGCAAUUGGACAGCAUACAGGGUAACUCAGGGGGAUCCAAACCUGUGAGUGGAGAGGGAGGCCCUCCCCCGGCAGGGGCUGGGGUGGGCACCCGAGACCAGGAGAGCCGCUGGAAGCAGUACCUGGAGGAUGAGAGGAUCGCGCUGUUCCUACAGAAUGAAGAGUUCAUGAAGGAGCUGCAGCGCAACCGCGACUUCCUCCUGGCCCUGGAGAGAGAUCGAUUGAAAUACGAGUCCCAGAAAUCCAAAUCCAGCAGCGCGGUAGUCGGAAACGACUUUGGCUUUCCUUCUCCUGCCCCAGGAAUCAGUGAAGCCAACCCCGCUGUGUCUGAAGAUGCCUUAUUCAGGGACAAGUUGAAACACAUGGGAAAAUCCACCCGGAGGAAGCUUUUUGAACUUGCGCGGGCUUUCUCAGAGAAGACCAAGAUGAGGAAGUCCAAGAGGAAACACUUGUUGAAGCAUCAGUCGCUGGGGGCUGCGGCAUCCACAGCCAAUCUUCUGGAUGAUGUGGAGGGUCAUGCUUGUGAUGAAGACUUCCGGGGAAGGCGUCAGGAGGCACCCAAGGUGGAGGAAGCCCUAAGAGAAGGACAGUAAGAGAUUCCAGCAGCUCCUCCUUGUUGGAGAUGAUCUGACCCGGUGGUGGACAGCCAGCGAGCAAAGCAAGCCUCCAGCUGAAGGGGCCAGCUCCAGCCGGGCAGACGGUGCUUGAGUCUUGACGCCCUGUGAUUCUCCCACCACAGUCCAGCCCAUCACUGCCACAACCAAGUUCCAUGGGGCGUAGACUUUCGGAGCUGUCUUGCUGUGAUUGGAGGAAGGACCUGGGGGGGGGGUCCCCUAGAGACAUCAGCCAAUCACAGUCUCUUUUGUAACAAGGCUGUUCUAUGGGUAGUGAAUGGAAAUACAGGAACUAUCCCCUCCC